AUGAAGAAAUUUUCUCGCAGCGGAGACCAUCCUCUAAAAGGGACAGAAAGGAGAAGAGUAAUGCAGUCAGUUAACCCCUCAGGAAGCUUAUUUGAUAAAUAUGGCAUCAGAGCCACUCAAAAGUACAAGAACAAUAGAAAUCUAGCUAAAAUUUAUUGUCCAAGCCAACGCACUAAUAAUCACACUGAAAAUAAAGGGAAAAUGAGAACCAAACUGCACUGUGUUUCUGAGGAACGGGAUUUUGCCAUCCAAAAUGGUCAGAAUCAACUCCCUGAUUUGACAAACCAGAAGUCCAAAGUGAAAAGGAAAUCCAAGCCUGCAUAUAGGAGCCAUAAUGUCUCCCAGAAGAGAGGGAAGAUGAACUCCCAUUAUCCUAGUGCUGAAAGAUCAGAGGAGAAUAUGAUAAACAACUUCAUUUUCGCUGUUGGGGAGAACCCAGACCCUUACCAAGAUCCUCAUCCUUCCAUUUUCUCGUCCAAUGUAAUGUCUAAACGGAAUAAGACAGGUGAAAGAGGGAAUAUACCCAACCGGCUAAUCUAUAAACGCCAAAUUAAGAAAAGAAAUGAUAGCCAGAGAAAGAAUAUUGAUAUUAAUGAUAGGUUUAUAUUUUAUCAAAAAUCUCCCAAUAUUAAUCAGCCUCAACUUGAACAAUUCAAACAGUCAACUUCUGCAGUCCAAAAUGAAAGAAUAGAGAGCUUCCAAGUCCAAGGAAGUCAGAUAGGCAAUGUUAUGAGUCCAGCCCCCAAGCCAGUGAUCGUGCAGAAGUCUAAAGUUUUAAAUCAUGCUAAACCUAUGGGAAUAGCCCAGUUUGGUAAAAGUUCAAAAUAUGAUGCCAUCUACAAGCAGCCUAUGGCAAGGCAGAAUUUUAAAAAGUCAUUCCACGAUAGAAGGUCUAAGAAGACUUCCAGCUAUUUCAUUUCUCCAUACGACAACAAAUCUGUUAAAAAUAAAACAUUUUACAAAAAGGGGAAUAAAGAACCUCGGAGUACCAGCACUAGUUGGAGUAACCAAAUGGUGAUGAAUGAUCGGAUAAAGCAAUACAAGGCAUCGAAAUCUCCUAAUAUGUUCAAUUUCCAAAAGAAAGCUCCAUGAGAUGCUACUGAUGCUGGCAGCAGCCAGAAGGCUGCUACCAAAGCAAAGAAACCGAGCUUGCAGCCUAUUAAGAAGAUACCAGUGCCUAAGAUCUCUGGGAUAGAGUCCUUAUCUCCAGUGUCUCAGGGAUCACCGAACAUAAAGAAAAUGGAGAACUCCAUUUUCAAGAUUCAAGGAAUGCUGAAGCAUAUGGAUGAUCUCUUAGUUCCAAGACAUGUUAAGGCAAACUCAGAAUUGCUGAAGAUAGAUCAGGAAGCUGACUCUGGAAGAGUUGACAGUAGCUUCCAGAUGCCUCAAAACUCUGGUAGGGAAAGUGAUCUUGUCACCUUACUCAACAUUGAGGAUGCCAGCAGUAGUGUGGUGUAGACAGUCAUUACUAGAGGUGCAAUUUUAUUUUCAACUUCA